UUGUUUCUUAAUCUGCUUGUUUUACUUCUUGUCCAAUUCACUACAAGUAAGCAUUUUACAUACACGAUAGAGGCAAGUAAAAGAUAUAAUAUUCAAUCGUGAAUGACGUUUUCUCUCGUGAAGAUUGAAAUGUUUAGUUUUCUUUUUACGUGAGUCGUGACUUCGUUAGAGGGAUGAAGAAAGAUUUUCCAAAUUUGUGUAUUCAGCUGUUAUUUACAACUCUCGUUAUUACAUUACGUGAUCAACAGUGUUACGUGACCGAGACAGGUCACGUAACACUCUCCCUUUGGUCUUUCAUGAUCAUUUACCAGCUUUGGCUGCGCUUUUGUGUUCGAGUUCGCUGUUAAAUUUUCCCGAAAUAGUCAUUUCUGUCGUGAAUUGUGGCAGAACGGUUUUAUUUUCACCGUACCUUUAAAACACUCACAAUAGAGAUCAAAGUUUGGUUUACUAAACUGAAAGACAGUCAUAUCUAAUCUCCGAGCAAGUGUGAUUCCUGUCAUAUCUCGAGGACUGGAAGCAAACAUUGGAAUAAGGCCAAAAAGAGAAUCUGUCAAAUAUCUGUGUCAAAAUUGCCUUUGUAAUCCAUACACUAAUUCUAUUAAAGUAGAGAUACCGUACCGUGGGGAUAUUUAGACAACGGAAGCUCUCGUGUUCACAGAACGGAAACAAAAGAACUUUAAGCCAAAUUAGUGUAGAAAUCCCGAGUUUAGUUCAUUCUGGUGAACUCCGCAGUCACCCAGUUGGAGGUCAGAGCUAUAAUUUGCAAUUUAUAACAAAACCGCAGAUGUAGACCCUAUUCAUAAAUGGCUGCCAAUUUAAAAUUCUUUUGAAUGCAUUUAUAUUAGUCCAACUACCGUCAUUUCAGAGUAAAAAUUCUUUUAAACUACGAACUCAAAAACGAGGUUAGUCGGGCUAAUUUUAAACUUACAAAAGAAUUCUUAAUUGGCAGCCAUUUAUGAAUAGGCUCUAUGUUUGGAACACUUUACACGUAAAUUACACUCCCGCAGUGAUCGGAAGACUUCCAACUGCUUAGCAUGAGAUUGAGUUUUUGAGAGUUCAGUCUCAGUAAUACAAUCUCCUCACAAUAUUAGGAACAAGCACUUAAUUUUCAUUUUUUUUUCUCCAGCUCUUUAGCGGUCCGAAUCCUAAAUCCUUGAAUCUGAUGGCAAAUCGCGCGCGCUCAAGCGGUCCAGAUUUUCCCAUCAGGGGGGCGUUUCUCGAAGCUUGGGUGGCCUCACUAGCCUCCAGCACGAUGUAUCUCUUCGCUGCCGUUGCAACCUCCCUCGCGGAGCGUUAUGGGAGCCGAAUAGUCGUCAUCAUUGGGUCGUUUGUCUCCGCCUCAGGCCUUCUCGCCAGCUCCUUUGUAACAACGCUUCAACCUCUCUAUGCGACCUAUGGCGUAGUUUGGGGACUGGGAUCAAGCCUUGGCUUAUUCCCCUCGAUUGUGAUUCUUACUAAGUACUUCAGAAGGCGCCUGGCCCUUGCUUCGGGGAUAGCUCUGGCGGGUGCGGCGUGUGGGACCCUAGUCUAUGGCCCUGUAAUACAGUUUCUAACAUCGAAAUACGGCAUCGCGGUAACAUUUCGGAUUCUUGCUUGUGUCCAAAGUGUUAUGUUUCUAUGCGGCUUGACCUUCCGACCAGUGGAAUCUGAGGGCAGGAAAACUCACAAACACACAAAGAAACAAAGGAAACACAGAAGCUGUAUCUUCAAGAACAAGGCUUACACCAUAUGGGUAGCAGCGCUGUGUGUGUUUAUGCUCGUCUUUCUCGUGCCUUUUGUUCAUUUGGUCCGAUUUGCGGAAGAUAAAGGAAUUAAUGAAACCAAAGCUUCAUUACUUACAGGUUACUUAGCCUUUGGAGUCCUGAUUGGGAGCAUUGGAUUUGGCCUUGCUUGUGAUCUUCCUCGAUUCAAUCGCCUGAAAGUCUGCCAAGUAACACUGCUCUUAAUGUCUCUGUCGACGUCCCUUGUCACAUUGGCAACAAAAUACGCGUGGAUUUGCGUGUACACCGUCGCGAUUGGCGUGCUCGACGGCGGUUACGAGAUGCUUGUGCCCGUGAUCACGCGUGACCUUGUUGGUCCUCGCCGCGUUGCGCGUGCCAUAGGCGUGCUCUAUUGCCUGAUGGCAUUCCCUAAAACGCUUGGUCCGCCAAUCGCCGGAUGGCUUUUUGACUUGUCCAACGACUACAACGUUUCUUUUUACAUUACGGGCGCUGUAACCAUGUUGGCGACGUCAAUCAUGUUUCUUCUAAACUGGGUUCCACCUUCCGAAGACCGCAAAGAAAUAGUGAUGGAAUCUCUCGAAUACAAUGACGAACCACUUAACAACGAUAUGUGCGACGGACUGGGGCAGAAUCCAAAGCUAAGAACCUUUUAUAGUGAGUUGCCGGCGCAACCUUACGGUUCAACGAUGUGGCUUCCGAUUUACUUCGUUGAAAGUAGCGGGGAGUACAUUUACAUGGAAAAGCUGACAGCUGUGUGAUCAGGUUUGCGAAAGAGGAAGUUUUUCCAAGACACAAAGGCCAGCAGAGUCGUGUUCACUUGCCAAGAACAGUGCGGCAUCUUGCGGCACCAUUGCGCAUGAUCGAAGGAGGAAAUACGCCGCUCAGAAAGUAGCACACCGCUUGCUCAUGGUCUAAGAAUUAGCCAAACUGUUUGUCAAGUUGCUGCUGUUUCUCGUUUAUAAUCCGUCUUAAAUUUGCCCAAUCUUUAGUAAUUGCUAUCACCUUCUUGGUGUUUUGCUACCUCCAUAAACUGUGCUUCCAUUUGAAAGUAACCUUGUAAAAAAGACCCACUGUAUGUGACAUAAAGUUCCCUUAAAGAUGAUACAAGACGAUCAGAUCAGACCGGUAGAAUGCGUUUACAAACGUAAAGCGAGCCUAUGGACAUGGCCUAACAGAGUCGCGUUGAAUCUAAGUAGAAUACGUAACUGAGGCCAUUUUGGCGAUUUGACAAUAUUUUUAGUACAAAGAAGCCUUUACAGGUAAACGACAAGAGUUGAAUUUACCAAAAGGUACCGUUGCCUUGCCCUUUUAAGCAAGUUUUUAAUGUCGUGUAUCAGCCAUCGAUGCAUUGACCACUGACAUGCCAUCUGUAGACAUUUUUAUUACUGAUACAAAUUGUUCGAAGAAUUAAAAUUUAUACUUUGUACAUGUCCACCAUUCUCGUCUUUAGAGGCCGCGAUCUUUUUUGGUCCGCACUAGAACCAUCUCCGGCCGGUCAACUUUGAAUGACCGCGAUUCACGAUCGUUCUGCGCAGACUCAGAAUCCAUUCCACUCAAAUCUGCCAAAAAAUGCAAUCGAAACCGAGCACUUUGCGCAUGCCCAAACAAUCGGAGCAAGUCAGAGGUCGUUAUUUGGUUUGCUGCUGACCAAGAGAGAAUGCGGCCUCCGCCUGCCUGGACUUAAUAAUUUGGUCUUAUGAAAUGUUGAAGCAAGGUAAGAAGACGCUUGAGUCGCGGUAACGUGAACUUCGUGUAAAAGUUUAAACUUGCGUCGCAACUAAAAGAAGUGAAGACGAAGGUGCCAUCCAUGCACCAACAUUCCCUAUCUCCCACGCACCCACGCACCCACGCACCCACGCUCGCAUUCCCGCGUGACUUACCAGCAAAUCUAUGGAAGCCACUACUCCCGUGCUGAGUCCAACAAACAGAAGACCAAACGCGGCGUGAAGACACAUGACACGACCGUCCAACGUAAACUUGUGAGUACAAACACCACUCUAAAAACAAAGAAGGUAAAUAGUUAGACUGCACUAUUUUACUUUCUAUAUCGCAUUGAGGUGCCAAAUCACGGUACUUUAACUAAACUUUUUAAAUUUUUUAGUGAUUUAGACAAGACUGAUCAUAAAUGUAGUGUUUAGAUUAUUUUUUUUUUUAGUAUUGUUUGAUUGAUUAUUGUUUUUUACCAUGUAACUUAUAGAUACUGAUCAUCGGUUUAUACCAGCGUCUUCCUCCCGGACGUCGCUGAUCGGUCUUUCA